UUUUGUCAAACUGGCGACUCCAAAAACCCCCCAUUCUUUGCCUUCUCCUAAUUAUAUCUCAACACCACUAGAUUCUUCUCGAAAACGUACACCGAAUAGUUCACGAACUUAUCGGUUAAACGUGACUCCAAUACGUAAUAGAUCCGGGAAAAGCACAAUAAGUACGAAUUCUAAUCACACAACGUCCUCGUCAUCAAUCUUAGCAUUCCCGCAUGGUGUCGCUAUAAAUAACUUUUUUAAGUCGACCAAAAGAAAAAGUCCCAAGAGUAUUGUAAGAAAGGAAGUAUUAAAAUUACAUGUUGUUGAGAAAGAUUGGAUUGGUGGUCCAGCGAAAACUCCAAUAAAAAAAAAAUUCAAAUCUGAUCGAUUUAUUCCAAAUCGUGAAAUCAUGGACGAAACGUCUACGCAGUUUAACAUCACUCAUCGAGAACCUGGAACUGAUCAAAACAUCAACAGUACAGAUUUGGCUUAUCAAUCAGAGUUAGCACGCGCCUGUGGUAUUGCAAUUGACAAACGUAUUCUGGCAUUUAAUGUAAACCCGCCACCGAAAGAGAGGGCGGACCUUGCUCAAAAUUAUAAUCGUCCCUUACGUUCUUCUAAUGAGAUCUAUAAAAGUAGACGGAUUCUCAAAGUACCCGAACGUGUCCUCGAUGCACCUGGGAUGAAGGAUGAUUAUUAUCUAAAUUUACUAGAUUGGA